ACAUCACAAUUUUCACUUAUUUUCCAUUUCUGAAGAUAACUGGCAGUAGAUGACAUAAUUAUCUUUUGACUCCUCUGACAGCGGCAUCUUGCUAAAAACAACAACAGCCUCAGUUGUUGGAGAUAUGCGUGCGAAUGAUAGAUAAAAAAAAGGAGGUAGGUCGGUCAAAGGUAUAAAUUCCAGGGCUAAAAAUGAGUCCCUCUCGGGCCCUGCGUCAGACUGGGUGUGUUGGUAAGAAAAGACAAACUGACAGGACGAGAACUCGAGUCAGGAUCAGGAUCUUGAACCCUGCAGCAAUAUGAAGAAAGUGUUUUUAUUUGUUUCUUUCGUAUUCAUUUUGGACGGUGUGUUUGGGGACAUGGAAAAAGUCUCAGUGAAGGAGGGAGAUUCUCUCACUCUACACACUGAUGUCACUGAAAUACAGAGAAUAUUUUUCUUGAUGUGGAUGUACGGAUCUCAAAACACUAUCAUUGCUAAAAUCGAUGGGAAAACUCAGGCAGUCUCAUUAUAUGAUGUUGAUGAUGGGAGGUUUGAAGACAGACUGCAGCUGGACAAUAAGACUGGAUCUCUGAGCAUCAGUGACAUCAGAACCAAACACUCUGGAGAUUAUCAUCUAAAGAUCAUCAGCGACGAGACCUACCUCAAAACUUUCAGUGUUACUGUCCAUGAUGUGAUUUUUGCAGGGUUAGAAAACAAGAAAGAAGGAGAUUCUGUUACUCUACACACUGGUGUUACUGAUUCACAGAAACAUGAUCUAAUACAGUGGACAUUUGGACCUACAAAUCCAGACAGCGUUAUAGCUGAAAUGAACAUUAAGAUUCAUGAGAUCACACUGAAUUCAGAUGAUAUAUUCAGAGGAAGACUACAUCUGGAAAAUCAGACGGGAUCUCUCACCAUCAGAGACAUCAGAACCUCAGACGCUGGAGUUUAUCAACUACAGAUCUCCAACAGUAAAGAAACACUCUACAAGAGAUUCAAUGUUUUUGUCGCUGUUCCAGAUCCGGGUCUGUCCACUGGUUAUAUUGUGCUCAUUUGUCUUUGUGUCCCGCUGUUAGUGGCUGUAGCUUUGGGUGUAAUGUGCUACAUGUUAAAAUACUCUAAAAAACGAAAAGAAAAGAAAAUGAUGUCAGUGUCGGAGGGAAAUUCCAUCACGCUGAACACAGGUGCAACUAAAAUCCAGAGAGACAAUGAAGUGCUCUGGAUGUUUGGACCUCAAGAUACAGUCAUCGCUCAGAUCUACAAAAAGGCUGGUAACAUCUCAUACACCGAUGAUGAGCGAUUCAGAGACAAGCUACAGCUGGACCAUCAGACUGGAGAUCUGACCAUCAGCGACAUCAGGAUCCCAAUCUCUGGAGAUUAUCAGAUGAAGAUCACUGGCAGCAAAGCAAAAAAUAAGAGAUUCAAAGUUAUUGUACGAGAGGACACACAAAAAAUCACGGAGGGAGAACCUGUCCAUCUGCAGACCGGUGUCACUGAACUACAGGAAGAUGAAGAGAUACUGUGGAUGUUUGAAGAUGCCAUCAUAGCCACAGUUAAUAGAAAGAGCAGUGACAACAGCAUCUACAAUGUUAACAACGGGAAAUUCAAACGCAGACUGCGGCUGGAUGAACAAACUGGAGAUCUCACCAUCAUGAACACUAAAAGCACAGACUCUGGAGUUUACGAACUGCAGAUCAAGAGCAGCAAUGAAGUCUCCUACAAGAAAUUCAAUGUUCUGGUUUGCUUGAAUAUGCUGAAACAUACAGUGGGAGAUUCUGUCACUCUACAAACUGAUGUUCCUGAGCUGAGGAAUGACGGCAGGAUACUGUGGAAGUUUAGCGAUAAAGACAUUUUAAUCGCCGAACUCAACCGAGCCAACAAUCAGACAUUAUUCUAAUA